AUGGCUUCGCCUAAUUUUGCUUCACGAACCAUCGAAAUCACCGUCAUUUCGGGAGAGAAUCUCCAAAUCCGUGGAAAGCCGAUCAACAGCGAUCUGUUCGUCUCUGUUCGAUCCGAUCUUCAAACCGAAAACGGCUCUGUCAGCACGAAAGUCGAUCGCGACAGUGCUGGAUUCCCGCGGUGGAAUGAGAACCUCGUCGUCGAUCUCCCAAUGCACGCCGCGUUCUUGGUUGUGGAGGUUUGUCGCAGAGCUUCUUCGGGGCGGAAGGUCAAGAUCGUCGGGACGGCUAGGGUUCCGGUGGCGGAUUUUAUUGCCGGAUACUUGCCGGAAAGUCAUCUGCAGUUUUUGAGUUACAGGUUGAGAGAUGAGAGAGGCGAGAAGAAUGGAAUUGUUAACUUGUCGGUGAGAGUGAAAGUGGCGGCAGGAAUUGAGGUUUCUUUGUCGCAGAAGCAGGGGAUUGGAGUUCCGGUUCCGGUGCCGAUGCCGGAAAGAAAAUUCCACGGCGGCGGUGGAUUUGUGACUGGUAUUCCGAUAUGGAAUGUUGGUUACAGAGAUCGAUUUUAA